AUGGAAGGACCUCGUCCAGGACAGGCCGGCCUGGAGAAGAGAUGGGAAGACUGGCGCAGCCAUCUACGAAACAAACCGGAUCGUUGCCGCCAAAGCCAAAAGGGCUGCUCGCAAGUCUCAGGCGCCUCCGGUUUGCAACGUCAUCACUCAGCGUGCUCGCGCUGUCGGCGAAUAUUUCACGCACGGAUCGGCCCCGUUGGUCAUUUUCGGAUCCAAUUCAUCAAUCGCCCGACGACCUUAAUUGUUGCCUCAACGACCGCGCCUGCUUCAACCUCCACUUCAACCACGCCGGCGUCCAGCCUCACCAAUGCUGCUCCGAAUCCCCGUGCCGUACUCUCGUCGGCCGCUACCACUUCCACUAGCUUUUCCCCAAUUACCGCAACGACGUCGAACACAACAACCCCUACCGCCAUCGUCAAGGAUCAAAACGCUCCUGAAGUCCCGACGACCACUCACAGAUUCAUCAUCACCACCCACCCCCCACCCAGCGAUGUGUGCUUGGUCCAUACCUAUCCCCAUUGCGGGCUCCCGUCCACCUCACGCAUUGACCUGGUCGGUCACUUCCGAAUCCAUCGUACAGAGACUGAUGAACCAGUGUCUGGAGCACCAACCUACACUCGCCGUAUCCACCUCCACUGCCCUAACUGUCGCAGCACACUCACUCACCUCAUGGGCCUCCUAGGUCAUAUGCGUAUCAGCGAGUGCGGAAUUAACCUCGAUAUCGACAUACCUAGCACAUCUGGUACACCCAACAUUCCUAGCUCAUAG